AUGGAUUGCAUUGCGUUAAGCUCAGAAUCCCCAUAUGUUCUUAUGCUUAAAGCUGCUUUCUUGAUACCCAUUUCUCAUUACUUAUUGGGAUUUCUGUUUUUACUCAUUGUAUUUCUUUAUAAUUUCAUGGAGAUGUACUUCAUUCAAGAAAUAUUCACUGGAUUUAGGGGAAAACCUGUCUCUUUGACCUUUAAUUCUUGCUGUGACCUUUAUCAACAAGUUGUUUCCAAGUGUAAAAUUCUUCAUGGAAGGUUUUCUUCUACUCCCUGGCUUUGCAGUCCUCAUCUUCAGACUAUUUUUUUGCAGUUAUUUGAAAGAGUACCUGCUUGCAAUUAUCAAAGACAGAUAUUAAAAACAUCUGAUGGUGGGACAAUAGCUCUUGAUUGGCUACGGAAUGUGAAUGUUAAAAUACCAUCCGUCGAAGGUUUUGAUGGAGUUCAGAGUGAUGAUAAAACUCCCAUCAUUCUGGUGAUUCCUGGCCUAACAAGCGACUCUAAUUCUGCUUACAUCAAGCAUCUUGCUUUCAAAAUGGCUAAAUCUGGAUGGAAUGUCGUUGUGAGCAAUCAUCGGGGUCUCGGGGGAGUGACAAUCACUUCUGAUUGCCUCUAUAAUGCCGGAUGGACAGAGGACGCCCGCAAAGUCAUUUGCCAUCUCCACACCCAAUACCCUCAAGCUCCUUUAUUUGCUGUCGGCACUAGCAUUGGUGCUAAUGUUCUGGUAAAAUAUCUUGGUGAGGAAGGAGUUAAUACUGCGAUUGUUGGGGCAGUUGCAAUCUGUUCUCCUUGGGACCUUUUGAUUGGUGACAGGUUUAUUAAGCGCAGGUUUGCACAGAGAUGCUAUGACAAAGCUUUAGGAAUUGGAUUAAAAGUUUAUGCCCAGCUGCAUCGGAGUAUUUUGCCUCGUCUGACAGAUUGGGACAGCAUUUCUAAGAUAUGUUGUAUCAGAGAUUAUGACCAACAUGUCACUUGUGUUCUUAAUGAUUUUGAGACUGUUGAUACAUAUUACAGGAAAGUUAGCUGUAGCAGUUAUGUAGGAAAUGUGAGGGUUCCCCUCCUCUGCAUUAGUGCAUUGGAUGAUCCAGUCUGUUCAAGGGAAACAAUUCCAUGGGAUGAAUGUCGGGCAAACAAAAAUGUCGUACUAGCUACCACACAGCAUGGGGGACACUUGGGACAUCUUGAAGGGUUGACCGGCAAAAGCCUCUGGUGGGUUAGGGCCGUUGAUGAAUUCUUUUGUGCUUUUAACUCCAGCUCAUUGAUCCGUAGAGAAAAGAUACAAAAUAACACAGUGAAUAGUUCUCCACUGAAAUCAAUUGAUGAGGCACCAUAUGUGAAUUUAAGAGAAGACGGUUUAGUGACUGCAUUUGGCGAGGAGCCAUCAGGUGAAUUAGGAAACGAGCAACUGGUCGAAGAUGACAAGGUUGGAGAUAGCGUUAGAGUUAACAAUGGCACAGUGCAACAAGAACCAAAUGCAAUGACUCAAUUUGAUCCUGUUCGUUGCCCAAAUAUUAAUGCAAUGAUGGUUCCUAUUAAAAAUUGUCUAAAUCAGCUUUCUGGGCGAAGUAAGAUUUCAAUGUGGGUACUUGCAUGUGUUGCAAUCACAACCACAUGGCCAAUUCUGGGUUCACUCUUGUUCAAGAGAAAGCUGCGCAACAAUUUCUCUUCAUCCUCAACGAAAAGAUGACGAUGUCAUGCCUAUGUUAUAUUCAUUGUUG